CAUUGGUCGCUACCGCGUCCAUCGUGGGAGAGAUCGGAUCACGUCUCUCGGAUCCGCCGCACCUGACGAGUGCCAGUCAUCGACACGCGACGGCGUUUUCGACGUCCGACGUGCAUCCGCCGCGCCUCGUCUCAAGUAAUUCUCGCGCGAUCCCACGAGGAACGUGGGUCCGAUUGCCCGGUAGCCCUCGUUGACGCACCACGUUCUGCUGCGAUACGCGUUCCGUGGGGUAAACAGAAGCUCCGAAUACGUAGCAACGAAUUGCGUAGCACGCCGCGCCGCAUACGUUUUUACUGCACGCGCUUGCACGCAUAUUUAUUUGAAUAAGAUAUGCACGAAUGGCGAUUACCGGAUGCCCCUGACGCGCAAAAGUGAAAUUCACCAAGUGCAUGCGAUAGAUACCCGUUGUUGACCUGCCGUUGAUGUUUCAGCGAGAGCUUCCACGACAGACAAUGCUGCGUUUAAAUGAUUCUAUCCUUUUAAACUCUUGAAGGAGGCAAAAUAUGGUCCUGUAGCAGCACAUAAUAUUCAUCAGAAUUUCUCAGAAUGUUUAAAGAGAAUGAUAAUGGCGCGGGAGCUUGCAACGGCGCGCCGCCACGUCCUCGGAGGAUAUUCCCUCGAUUUUCCUUGCGAAGAUUGUUAUAUUCCAGUCCGCUUAUCGGGCGUCGUAUUGCGAGAACGCCCAGCGCAAGUAAUAGAAAUGCAAAAGCUAAAGAUCCUGCAAGCGGCAGAGUGACGGAUGUUGAGAAGGGAGAGGCUAGAGCGAGCAACGGUUCGAGCCAUUUUCAAUUUCACAACAUAGAUUUGCAGCGUGCUUCCAGCAAAGGCUCUGUACUUUCUUCUGCAGGAAAGAGUAACGAAAAUGGAUUGAUGGAAUGUCCAUUGUGUUUGGCGGAGUUACCAGUAGAAUUCUUUCCUACUAUCCAGUCUUGCCAUCAUCGUAGCUGUUACGAUUGUUUUCAACAGUAUCUCAAAGUGGAGAUUUCCGAAUCUAGAGUUAACAUUGCUUGCCCUGAGUGUUCAGAAGCGUUACAUCCAAAUGAUAUUCGGAUGAUUCUAAAUGAUCAGAUACAAUUAGAAAAGUAUGAGGAUUUCAUGGUUCGAAGAGUCCUCGCGGUGGAGCCCGACGCAAGAUGGUGUCCCGCGCCGGAUUGCAGUUUCGCUGUGAUCGCCAGCGGCUGCGCCUCUUGCCCAAAGUUGCGUUGCGAACGACCAGGCUGCGACUCGUAUUUCUGCUACCAUUGUAAAGCGCGUUGGCAUCCUAAUCAAACGUGUGACGCCGCCCGAGCGCAACGUUCCCAAUACUACGAACGCAGCUCGUCCCUGAGUUUCAGUCAAAGUGAUUCUCAACAUAGAGACGAUAUAAAGCCAUGCCCUAGAUGCCAGGUUCUGAUCGUCAAGAUGGAUGAUGGAAGUUGCAAUCACAUGACGUGCGCCGUGUGCGGUGCAGAGUUUUGUUGGCUUUGCAUGAAAGAGAUCAGCGAUCUUCAUUACCUUAGUCCAUCUGGUUGCACUUUUUGGGGUAAAAAGCCAUGGUCUAGGAAGAAAAAGAUCCUUUGGCAACUUGGGACUUUGGUGGGAGCGCCAAUCGGAAUCGGCCUUGUGGCUGGUAUAGCAUUUCCGGCUAUGAUCAUAGGUAUACCAGUGUGGGUAGGACAAAAACUGUACACGAGGUACGAGAAGGCCAACAAGCACAAGAGAAAUGCCUUUAUCGCUGGCGGAGUUACUGCAUCGGUCUUGGUAUCACCGGUGCUGGCGGGACUAGCUGUGGGCAUCGGUGUACCCAUUUUGCUAUUUUACGUUUACGGCGUGGUCCCUGUGUCGCUCUGUCGCAGCGGCGGCUGCGGUGUCUCCACGAGCGGUACCGGCGUGCGAUUCGAAUUCGAUGACGAGAACGAGCUGAUGGGAGCUUUAGGCGUGCGCAACGGCGGAGAUGCGGCGUCAAUAGACGUUGCGAGUCACCGUGGUGGUAAUCCCUCGAUAGGGGAAGCCUCGCUUUCGCUGGGCAGCGGCAGUCAGUUGGAGAAAUUGGGCCGGGAGAAUGAUCGUGAAAGCGCCAGCAACGUCGCCCUCGCUGGCACCAGUCUCGCAGGCAGCAUCGCCUCGAGCGUACUUCCCGGUGGGCAAAGAUUGGAAGUCCAGGCCGACGUUACGUCCACGCAGCGCUUUAGUCUGUGUAGCGAGACGGCUUCCGCUGCCACCAGUCUAUCGGAAAAGUCUGUAAAUGCUUCCAUCGCUCUAGACGAUGGUGCAGCUUCUACGAGAGCCUUAGCCGGUUCUGUUCUUAACUUCAAGAUGGAUAGCAGUUCAAUCAGUGGUGGCAGAAGCACGGAAGGAGAACAGGCGGCCAGCUCCACUAACGGUGGUCACAUGGAUUCCGCUGAACAAGCUACUUCCCUGAGCUCGCUGGAGGAAGUGGCACCUGCUCUAGCGAAACGCAUCCGCCGUAAACUCGCAUUCGAUCGCCUGUGCAGCGAAUUAAGUAGCUGGACUAUGUGUGGGGAGGACGGUGGUUCUGAACGAGUGCGAUUCGAUGAUCACGUCAGCGUGAUCGAAGCGGAUCAGGAGAGAGUGGUGGGUGGAACCAAGUUGGAAGGCGCUAUGAAUAAUCGUGCCGCGGGUGGACGUAAGCGAAACAAAGAUUCGGAACCGGAAACGGAUGUUCAAAAGAUGUCAAAGAACUCGAACGGUGAAUUGAACGCGGAGAGCCCCGUGGAUGAUACCUCGCGGGAGCGCGUCAAUGUGGCCACUCUGAGAAAUGUAUUUUUUCACACGUCGACAGUGGCUACGGAUCGCGAGAAACGACUGUCCGUCAUUGAGGAACCCAUACCGACCGUCUCACAGAUCUCCAACAAUCGGAUUUUCACGCCCUGCGAUGAGAGUCAAAGUCCUACCAGCACGGACGAGAGCCUGCACUGCUAAGAAAAUUAAGACUGAGUUUUGGUGGAAUGUGUCGAAACGGCACGAUAUAUAUGUAUAGAUGCGUAUAUACAUAUUAUUGAGUGUGUAUAUAUGUAUUAAAUUACAUAAAGCUCUAUGAUACACGAAUAAACGCGACGAUUGUACAUACCUACGUACAAUAUGUAAGCACGAAUCGGAUACUACAUCGGGGAAAACAUACAAAAGUAAACGGUCAAGUAAUUUUAAUAAUUGUGUGCAUUCGCGCUGUGAUUAUGCAUAUAAAGGCCCGUCUACGUAGGCCGCAACGCGUCCGACACGCAGUUCGCAGACGCAGAACGUAAUCAAGAGUAGUCAGCAAAAUUGUAAAUUUCGUUCACUAUUUUUGGUUAUUCUACCGCAACGCAGAAAGUUCAAAUUGGUUCAACUCGUUGCGUACGGCCGAUUUGCGAAUGCGUGCGCGUCUGGUUGCGGCCUAUGUAGACGGGCCUUAACAAAUCUUGUGAGAGUAUAUUAUAGAUAUGUUAUAUAUAUACACACACAUACAUACACGUACUGGCCUCCAAUUCGUUAUGAACGAUGAAAAGAAAAAAAGUUGAAUAUAUAAAAAAAUCUUUUCUCGCAUUUCGAUAUUUUACGAAUAAAAAAAUCGUUAUUACAAUAGAUAAUUUUAUUUGUAUCUAGAUGAUUCUCUAGCUCCCAAGUAUCUGAUUUGUAAUGAACGUAAUGUAGGUUUGUAACGAACAGGUGGACAAUACAAAUUAAGAAAAAUUACAAAGAUGAAAGUUAAUGUUGCGAAUUGCCGCUGCAUUUUGUAAAUCGAAUACUGCUCAUUAUGUCUUUAAGUAUUAACGCGUUCUCGUUUAAUAUAUCAGUAUGUAUAUAUAUAUAUCGUAUUAAUAUUCAAAUAUUCUUCUAUACAUGAAAGAAUACUUCAAUAUUAACAUUUCCCCAAGAAACAUCUGCCCCUUUUUUUUGCCGUGUAAAAAUAUAAUAAAAUAUAAUCCAAAUAGCUUUACUUUUAUCAAACAAUAAAUUGUUUUCUCACGUUAUAUAUGAAAAUAGUUGAGAUAGAAAAAUUAUAGCGUUUGUGCGUGCGCGUGCGCUUAUGCAGGAAGAUGCAGAACAAAUUAGAAGGUAAAACAUACGGUUCCAUUUUAAAAUGGGGAAUAAUUGUCUCUGCCUUCUCCCCGAAAUGGCUCAGAAGUGAUAUAUCAAGUAAAAAAGCUCAUGAUCCAAAA